AUGAAUAUGGAUUCAAUUAAUUCAGAGACAAGUUCAAGUAGUAGUGAAGGAAACUCACAAAAGAAUCAUGAUAAAUUACCAAAAUCUGUUAUGCCAUUAAAAAGAGCUAUGAACGGAUCAGAAUCUUCAAAUAAGAUGACUAAAUAUAAUUCCCCAUUACAAACCAGAGUUGCAUCUCCAUGUACUUUAAAUCCUCCUAUCGAUUCUGAUGGAUUAUCAUGGCCUUCAGUUGGUGCAAGAAAACGUAUAGAACAGACAGAAGAAGAAUCUAAAGCAAGGGAAGGAAGAAUCGCUGAAGCAGUUAAAACCAUUUUAACUGAAUUGGGUGAAGAUACUAGUAGAGAAGGAUUACUUGAAACUCCUGAAAGAUAUGCUAGAGCUAUGUUAUACUUCACAAAAGGUUAUGAAGAUAAUAUCAGAGAUGUUAUUAAAAGAGCAGUGUUUGAAGAAGAUCAUGAUGAAAUGGUAAUUGUUAGAGAUAUAGAAAUUUAUUCAUUAUGUGAACAUCAUCUUGUUCCAUUCUUUGGUAAAGCCCAUAUUGGUUAUAUUCCAAAUAAGAGAGUUUUGGGAUUAUCAAAAUUAGCUCGUUUAGCUGAAAUGUAUGCUAGAAGAUUCCAAGUUCAAGAAAGAUUAACUAAACAAAUAGCAAUGGCAUUAAGUGAAAUGUUAAGACCAAGAGGUGUUGCUGUUGUUAUUGAAGCAACUCAUAUGUGUAUGGUUAGUCGUGGAGUCCAAAAGACUGGAUCUUCAACCACCACUAGUUGUAUGUUGGGAUGUUUUAGAGAACAACAAAAGACUAGAGAAGAAUUCUUAACCUUAUUAGGAAGAAGAUAG